GUACCAUGUCUCUACCACUGGUGUCGCAGAAACCUGGGGUUCGCUCUCUGGAAGGGUUCAGUACAAUUGGCACUGGGAUAUAUCUCCGGAGUACUGGUGAGCAAUGCCAGGAUACUACAUUACCAAACGUCAUUUUGAUAUUCGGAUGGAUGGGAGCACAACUUAGGCAUUUGCAGAAUUAUACCAAUGCAUAUACCAAAUUAUAUCCAAACGCAUCUCAAGUUGUUGUUCGGUGCAAUCCGAAUGUGUUCUGGACUUCAACCGGCACUAAACAACGGCGCCUCAUGCCUGUAAUCGACGCCUUGGAAGCACUGCAUUGUUUCCCAUCUUCCUCUUCUGCCGAACCACCUCCCCGCAUACUCACUCACGUGUUUUCCAAUGGCGGCUCCCUGCAAAUGACAAUUCUUGGACACAUGCUGCAGCGGAAAUACGGCUCUGCAUUAGUUCAACAGUUCAUCACGAGCACAUUGAUCCUUGACUCGUGUCCGGCAACGGGUAGCCUAAAAACAAUUAAACUCGCUUUCAGCGCCGUCAUCCGGAACCCAAUUCUUAGGGUCAUCGUACUCACUAUGUUAUACACUAUGCACUUCGUCGGCCUUGGCCUAUCUCUAGUAUUCGGUAAGCGAAUAAUGCUUAUGGAAAACCUCCGGAUCGAAAUGUGGAAUCCUCGCGUCCUGCCAUGGAUGGGCCUCCACACGCCCCGCCUGUAUCUUUUCUCGCGCAAAGAUAAAUUGAUUCCGUGGCAAGAUGUCACACAACAUGCGGAGAUCGCGAAGGAGCGCGGGAUGGAUGCACGUUGCGAAUUGUUUGAAGAGAGCGAACAUGUAGCACACAUCCGAGUGGAGCCAGAGAGGUAUUGGGCUUCGGUCCAGGAUAUUUGGGCAGCCGCGAUCUCCAAGGGGAAAGUUGAGGAUCAGAGACUGCUUACAUACUAGAUUUACGUCGGAAGAUUUGCCUCGCUUGUUGUAGUGCACCCAUGUAGAGCACCCCUUCAAUCGAUCAACUAUAGAGCUGCUACAAUUGUCUUCCUAGGUUUGCUCCUUUCAUAGCCUCCGCUUGGUAUUAU